AGGGACAGAGAUAGAGGGGCCUAUGGGGGUGGAGGGUUCUUUUCUUCUCCGGUGGCACACAACGGAAGAUUGAGAGUCAGACAGAUCUCCUUGGAUGUUCUGAGAAAGGAGAUAUGGUAUAAAAAGAGGGAAGAAAGCUGUGGUUGUUUCAAAGCCAUCAGAAAACCCAAUAGUAAAAGGACGGAAGAAAGAGAACGACCAAGGCUCCCAUCUUGAUUUGUGAAGGACUGAGGAUAUAUUUCCGGCUGUUAUUCGGUGCUGUGCUCUUUCCUGGCAGCUAUAAAAUGGCCCUGGGAAUGAGAGUGUACGGUUGGGCUCUGCUCUUCCUUUCAGUCGCAGCUGCAUCCAAGCAGACUUUACACAGGAUCUCUCUGAAGAAAAUGCCCUCCAUUAGAGAGACCUUGCAGGACAUGGGUGUCUCACCAGAAGAGGUCUAUGAACAGCUGAUCCAGAAGAAGGGGGACAGUCCCUCACCUGGCAAUGGCACAGCCCCGACCCCGCUGACCAACUAUCUGGAUGCUCAGUAUUUUGGGGAGAUAAGUAUAGGCUCUCCAGCUCAGAUGUUCAAUGUGGUGUUUGACACAGGCUCAGCCAAUCUAUGGAUUCCCUCCUUUAACUGCUCCCCACUUUACUCAGCUUGUUUCACUCAUAACCAAUAUGACGCAUCUAAGUCUCACACACACAUACAGAACGGCACAGGUUUCUCCAUCCAAUAUGCUUCUGGGAAUGUGCGAGGGUUCCUGAGUGAGGAUGUGGUUGUGAUGGGGGGCAUCCCAGUGGUGCAGGUAUUUGCAGAAGCCACAGUACUUCCAGCCAUUCCGUUCAUAUUUGCCAAGUUUGAUGGCGUGCUGGGAAUGGGCUACCCUGAUGUGGCCAUUGAUGGAAUUACACCAGUGUUUGACCGCAUCAUGUCCCAGCACGUACUUAAAGAGGAGGUAUUCUCUGUCUACUACAGCAGAGAUCCCAAGCGAAAGCCUGGUGGAGAGAUAGUUCUGGGUGGGACUGAUCCUGACUAUUAUACAGGGUCCUUCAACUACUUGGAUACCAACGAGGAGGGGAAAUGGGAGGUCAGCAUUAAAGGUGUGUCUGUGGGGACAGACCUGAUGUUCUGCAAAGAGGGAUGCACUGCUGUGAUUGACACCGGCUCCUCCUACAUCACAGGCCCUGCCUCGUCAAUCUCUGUUUUGAUGAAGACCCUUGGUGCCACUGAACUGGCCGGGGUUGGGUACACGGUGAACUGUGAUCUGGUCAAAUCCCUACCUAGCGUGACCUUUCAUCUUGGAGGUCAGGAGUAUCCACUCACAGAAGAAGACUACAUCCUCUGGCAAUCACAGUUUGGAGCAGACAUCUGCAUUGUCACCUUCAAAGGCUUGGAUGUCCCGCCCCCCACUGGGCCUCUCUGGAUCCUGGGGGCAAAUUUCAUCGCCCGCUACUACACUGAGUUUGAUCGGAGCAAUAAUCGGAUAGGCUUCGCUAAAGCAGUGUGAUUUUGCCAUGUGUUUUCCAGUUCUUGUCUGUUUUUUCUUCCUCGAGUCUUUGCUGUACUUCUAGGAAUUCCUUUUGUUCCAUUUCCUGAGUUAGCCUGCAUAGACUGUGGUAACCCCAUUUGCAGCAGCUUGCAGCUGCCAAGCCUCCUGAUGAGGUUUGCAAGGGACAAAAGAUAGCUUCAAACCCAUAUUUUUUUGACAUUGUAAACACACUGGAUUGACAGACUUUAGUUAUGGGUGUUGUAAGGGCAGACGCUGGGCACACUGGCGUCUGGGCAUGCCUUGCCAUCUAUUAAGUUGAGUUUGUGAUGGAAAAAGACACCCAGAAAGGUCAUACAUAACAUCAACAAAUUACGUUUUGCUGCAGCCCUAUUUUCGGCUGCACAUGUGUUCUGUCAAGGAAUACAACUUUUCACGAGUGUAAAUUAUGUAAGCUUUUCUGACAUUCAAACAGACUAAAUUCCUCUACUGAUUGCACUAAAAAGUCUGUAUGAAUGAUUGGUAAUGUUAUCGAGUUAGUACACUUAUACUUUCACUAUGAUAGUUUUGAAUGCCAGAUUCAAUGGUGUAAUGUGUGAUGGAAAAAUAAAGUUGACCCAACACAGUUCUGCAUA